GAGGGAGGCGCGGGGCCUCACACGCCACACCGCCGCCGCCCGGCCGGGCCGCCACAGUCAGGCCGGACCCGGCCCCGCCACCACCCCAGCCGCCGCUACGCUCGCCGCGCCGCUGCCCGACACCGCCGCCCGUGUGCUGCCUCCGCCACCGCCGCCCUCACGUGCGUGGCGUUGAUGGGCCGCGCGCCCGCGCCCGCCCCCGCCCGUGCCCCCGGCCCUGCCCGCGGGUGAGGCGCUGCAUGUGCCGCGCGGAGCACCCCGCUGUAUGCCCAUCAAGACGGGGCGACGCAAGCAGCCCGUCGCCGCGGGGCUGGGGGCCCCCGGGGACCAUGACGGCCUGCCCCCGCCCCCACACAUGAUGACCGGCCCCGUGGGGCCUCAGGCGCCCAUCUCCGGGGACUCCACCCCCGGAGGGCCGGGCUCCAUGCCCCACGGGCCGCAGGGAGGCCCGGGACCUGUGGGCAUGGGCUCACACCCCGGGCACGGACCCGUGCCGAGCUCCUUCCUGCACGGCCCUGGGGGUCCCGGCCCGGGAGGCCCCGGUCCUGGGGGCCCCGGGCCUGGGGGUCCCGUGCCUGGGGUCGUGGGCGCCGGUCCUGGUCCCAACAUGGGUCCCGGUGGGCCUGGCAUGCCUGGUCACGGGAUGCCCAACGGCCCCCAGGUCCCAGGAGGCCCUGGGCCGGGCAUGAUGCCUGGCCCUGGUGGCCCCGGACCCGGCAUGCCCAUGCAUGGGCCCGGGGGACCUCCAGGACACAUGAACCCCGCCUUCUUCAGGCGACACACACCUUACUUCGGCCAGCCUGACUUCAGACUCUACGAGCUGAACAAGAGGCUACAACAGCGAUCAGAGGAGUCGGACAAUCUGUGGUGGGACGCCUUCGCCACAGAGUUCUUCGAGGAUGACGCUACUCUUACUCUCACCUUCUGCCUCGAGGACGGCCCCAAGAGAUACACCAUAGGACGGACGCUAAUCCCUCGCUACUUCCGGAGUAUCUUUGAGGGAGGCGUGACUGAGCUCUACUACUCUUUGAAACAUCCCAAAGAGUCCUUUCACAACACCUCCAUCACGCUGGACUGCGAUCAAUGUACUAUGGUAACUCACCACGGCAAACCUAUGUACACCAAGGUAUGCACAGACGGGAGACUCAUCCUAGAAUUCACAUUUGAUGAUUUAAUGCGCAUCAAAUCGUGGCACUUCGCGGUGAGGGCCCACAGAGAGCUGAUCCCGCGGUCCAUGGUGGCGAUGCAGCAGGACCCGAGUAUGGUGGAGACGCUCAGCAAGAACAUCACCAGGCAAGGCAUCACCAACCAUACGCUAAACUACCUCAGGUUAUGUGUGAUCCUGGAGCCCAUGCAGGAGUUAAUGUCAAGACACAAGGCAUACGCCCUCUCACCGCGGGACUGCCUCAAGACCACACUGUUUCAGAAGUGGCAGAGAAUGGUGGCGCCUCCAGGUGCUGCUAACCAGUCAAAUGGUAGAAUGGGGGCAGAAGGAGAGACCCAGCGAGCACCCAACAAGCGGAGGAAGCGGAAAGGGUCAGCGUCGGGGCAGAACGCGACGCCGAACUCCACUGGGUCAAGCAAGAAAAGAUCACCAGGGCCGAAUUUCAACCUUGCCACUCAAGUCUCCCAGGACGUGAUGGUGGUGGGCGAGCCGUCCCUGAUGGGCGGCGAGUUUGGCGACGAGGACGAGCGGCUCAUCACCAGGCUGGAGAACACCCAGUACGACACCACCAGCGUGGAGGACGGCGGCGGCAGCGGGGCGCCCCAGGGCACCGGUCCAGGAGGUCCCGGCGGCCCCGGCCCAGGUCCCACCGGCCCCACACCCUUCAACAACUCCCCGAUGACCGCGGGGCCCGGCGGUCCCUGGCCAGACCCCGCACGCCCGCCCCAGGACGCUGACAAGAAGAGCCCGGCCAUCAGUCAGUAGCCCCGGAGGCAGCUGUGUGCCCCGCCCCGUCCCGCCCCGCCCGCCGACCCAAACCAUCCCACCCCACCUGUUUUACCUCGCCCCGGCCUGAACACACACACACACACACACACACACACAGUGAGGCAUGUUUUCUAUAGUUUCCUCGUCUCUAUAAGUAUGUAAAGAAAACAUGUGAGGCAGAGAAACACACAUACACACACACACACGAGGCGGCCGUGGCGGUGCGGGACGGAGUGGAGCGGGGUUGGGGCGGGGCCGGGGCUGAGCGAGGUGGGGCGGGUGUCGGGGCUGUGGGCGGGGCAAACCUGUACAUGCUUUGUAACUUUUGUAUCGUUUAGAGGACAAGAGCAAGUUUUCCUAGGGACCAACCCUUUGGUCGGCUGUACACAGUGUUUUAGUUUACGGUUGUGUCCGCGGCCCUGCUGACAGACAGACAGACACACGGACAGAGGCAGCCGUGUGCCGUGUGGGGCGACGGGCGGGAGGCUGAGAGAGAGAGAGAGAGAGAGAGAGAGAGAGAGAGAGAGUAAAGUUUGAAAUAUUAAUCGCUUCCUUUCGAUAGUGUGUGUGUGUGUGUGUACGUGUGUGUGUGUCCACAGGUAAUAUUUAUAACCUCUCAGCCGCUGUGGGUGCAGGUGUGUGUGUGUGUGUGCGAGUGCGAGUGUGAGUGUGCGUGUGCGCGCGUACUUAUUUCAACCUCCCUCCUCCCCACCAAGCCCUUAUGAGGUAACAAACGGUCCCUCUGUUUGAACACACACACGCACACACACACACACACACACACACACACACACACACACACACACACACACACACACACACAGGUCAAUGGCAUUACAUACAAAACAUGUGGCUACUCCUCCGUUUUAUAAAUACGCGUUAUUUUGGUGUGUGUGUGUGUGUGUGUGUGUGUGUGUGUGUGUGUGUGUGUGUGUGUGUGUGUGUGUGUGUGUGUGUGUGUACCCCUCCGGUCUCGAGUUAUGGCACACACAGCAGUAAAUGAGAAGACAUGAAUUCGCUCCAUCAUGCGUCAUUACAUCAGCACAGCCACCUCGCCGGUCAUGUUGUCUGCUCCGUGACUCAGUGUAUGGAAUGUUUUGCGAGGCACGAGUCGUUGAAGGUAACUCAUCUCAAGCUGCCUUUUGUAUAUAGAAACAUUGACAUUCGUAGCGUUCAUGAUAUCAAAGCUAAGAUCAAUUUUUUUUUUUUCUCUCACUUUGUCUCUACAUUCGAGUUUGCAAGUAACAAAUUUUAAGAUACCUUUUUUUCUCAUCUGGUGUAUUAAAAUCGCAAGAUUCACAAUAGCAACUUUUAAAAUCGACCUUUAUUUUUUUUUCUCCAUUCGAAUACCUUUUUUUAAUCGUUAUUGAAAUUCGUAAGUUUCACAAUAUCAAAUUAAAAUCAACCAAACUUUUUUUUCUCACUUUAUCUCAACAUUCGAGCUUACAAGUAACAUUUUUUUCUCAUCUACAUUAAAAUUCGUAAGAUUCACAAUAUCAAAAUUAAAAUCAUGUCUUUCUCAUCUCCACAUUGAAAGUUUUUCAGGCCAGUGAGUCCUGUGUGGAUAUAUUCAUAAAUGUGUAUUGGGUCGCGUUUUGUCAUGUCAACUGUGUGUGCAUAGCGAAGGACGUGUAGAGGAAAUGAGCAGAGUGGGUUACUAGUGCACUGUUGUAGAGUGAUGCUGAUGAUGACGAUGAUGGGUUUUAAGAGGAAGUUAUACUGAUGAUGAGUACUAAUAUAAGGAAAAGGUUUUGACGUGUGAAUUAUCUACAUAUAUAUUAUUAUUUUUCUUUUCCCUCUUUAUUUUUUAUCCCUUAAGUUUAGUUGGAGUUUUAAUGAUGUGACUUGUAUACCUCUUGUUCUCGCACGAUGCUGGUGAUGACGAUGAUGGUUGAGUGUUACAAUGUUCACGUGUAAGUGUUUGUAACGGGGCGCACGUAUUAAGUCUGUCCAUUAUGUUAUGCACGCAGUCCUCUGUUCCUCUCUUAUUUUACAUAUAGUCAUUGGUUAGGAGUCCUGUAUCUCUUCAUGACAAUUAUAUACACUUGUUUGUACUGAAUUGUUGCUAGAUUAACAAUGCAGGGUUUUAUAUGCGAUUUUAUUUUUAUUUUUUCAGUUAUUAUUUUUUUAUGUAUAUUUAUUGAGUGGAAAUUAUUUUAAGUUCAAAGAAGAUUGUGUAUUGUUUUUAUUAUUAUUAUUAUUUUGAGUGUUGUGACAACACUACACACACACACACACACACACACACACACACACACACACACACACACACACACACACACACACACACACUUGUCCAAACCUUAUGACGCAACACAACACUUUCUUAUAUAGUAUUUAAUCUUUUUUUGCAUUUUAUCAUAAUUAAGCGUCGGUUGUAAUAAUUUACCCCGACAUUCAAAGAGUAUUUUAUUAGUGUGUGUGUGCGUGUGUUAAAUUAAGUUCUUUUUUUUUACAUAUAUUCUGCGUGUGUUUCUUUUUCUUUCCUAUUUCUAUAUUUGCCUUUUCGUGUAUUGAGGAAGGAAAAACACAAUGUAUUCAGAUGUUUUAUAGACCCAAGGCAGAGAAAAGGCAAGGGCACACCGCAUUGAUAUAGACACGUGUCAAUACAAACAAGGAAGCCGCUGCGCCGCCACUGGAUCGACGACACUAACGAACGAUGCCUACGAUGAAAGAAAGCACGACAAACAAAAGUGACACGAAUGAAAUUUAGAACACAUGAAGAAAUUAAAGUAAAAUACAGUCAUAAUAACAAUGAAAAAGAGGAAAACUAAAGGAUGACACGGAUGAAAGGAAAUUAGACCAAAAUACAACGAUAAUAAUAAUGAAAAGAGGAAAAAAACUAAACGAUGACAUAAAAUUUUGAACAUUGAAGGAAAUUAGACCAAAAUACAAUACUAAUAACAAUAAAAGUAUGAAAUUAAACAAAAGUUACUUGAUAUUUUGAAGACAUAAAAGAAAUUAGACCAAAAAUACAGUAAUAAUAACAAUGAAAGGACGAUAAACUGAAGUGACACGGAUGAAGUUUUGAACACUGAAGGAAAUAAAACUUAAAUGCAGUAAUAACAAUGAAUGAGAACAACAAAAGUGAUAUGGAUGACAUUUUUUACACUGAAUGAAAUGAAACUAAAGUACAAGAGUAGCAGUGCGUAGAUUUAUAAAGUUUUGAAAGAAGUUUUGAAGAGAGAAGGAAUUUAAAGUACAAUGAUAACGAACAGAUGAAGUGAAAAGUGACCUGGAUGAAAUUAUUAACACAGAAAAUUAAAGAAAAAAACUAUUACCAAUGAACAGAUGAAGUGAAAAGUGACGGAUGAAAUUUUGAACAGAGAAUGAAUUUGUGAGAGCGCAAAAGAAACUUAAAUAAAAAAAACAAAUAUGAAUAGACUACCUAUAUAGAAAUUAAUAAAAAAAUUGAAUAAGACCAAAAAUUAUUACUUUGAAAUUUUUAACUACAAUUGGUAUUAUUAAUUGGACAUUUUAAAAGUAAAGAGAGAAAAAAAAUA